CAGAGAUAAGUCGCAAUGUGUCCGUUACAUUUCUCCUUACACCAGGAAGCCCGUUCGUGUGGCAAUAAUGUCAAGUCAUUGGAUAUCCCAAUUCAAGAAUAUAUUUCAACAGUAGAGACGACUGGAUAUAUGUACCUAGUUAUGUUUCAUAACAUUACAGGUCUCAUGGGAACCGACACGUAACCAUACAGCCAAACAUACGACGAUGCAAGAAGAAAACUUGAAACAUUUUAGAGAAAUAACGAAAACAGUUACCAUCUAUGAAAUUUACGUUUUUUUCCGGAAUCAUGAUGUCUUGAUGUACAAGCCCACAGGUGUGGUCGUGGCUGCGUGAGGAUGGUUCGUCCCAGACCGUCCAAGUGUCUGUUGGUCAUCAUGCAUCUACUGUAUCCACUCAGUAUUGCCAGUCGUCAAUGUCCCCUGGGAUUCCAUGGUUCUAACUGUGCAAAACAAAAUAUAGCCUUCCAUCAAACUACUUACCAAAGCAGCACAUAUGAAGAUCACAAGGCCAGUUUGGUCGUUGAUGGAAAUACCAACACUGAUAUCGACGACGGAAAAUCGUGUUCCCUGACAGGUGAUCACAACCCAAGCUUCUGGUCUGUGUCGCUGAGGAAGCCUGUGAAAAUCAUUCAGAUUACUCUGUAUCUUCGAAAUAAGUAUGCCCAGAGGUACAGCAACAUGGUGGUGUUAGUGGACAAUGUAGCCUGUCAGAAGGUAUUUGUACAAGGCACCGGAACUCAGGAUCCCACAAGGCCAAAUCCCGUGAAUGUCAGCUGUCUGUCACCUCUGGUCGGCAGGAAUGUUUCAAUACACGUUGACAGUUCUUUCUUUUCUUUAUGUGAAGUACAAAUAUGGGAUUGUAUUGAUGAAUGGUUUGGUUCGGACUGUGAACGUCCAUGUCAUUGCCUGCCAGGUUGCAAUGUUUGUGACAAAGUGACAGGCUUCUGUACAUGUGGACGUGACAUCGGGUGGCAGGGAAUCGGAUGUCACACAGAAUGUGCCAGGUACAGCUAUGGCAACAGAUGUUCCUCCCAAUGCGGUCACUGCAAGAACUCUGCGCCAUGUCAUCAUAUUACUGGUGUGUGUCCUCAAGGAUGUGACGCAGGGUGGAAGAUGGAUACAUGUGAUGAAGAAUGUGCCAGGUACAACUAUGGCAACAACUGUUCCCAACAAUGCGGUCACUGCAAGAACUCUGCGCCAUGUCACCAUGUUACUGGUGUGUGUCCUCAAGGGUGUGACGCAGGGUGGAAGAUGGAUACAUGUGAUGAAGAAUGUGCCAGGUACAACUAUGGCAACAACUGUUCCCAACAAUGCGGUCACUGCAAGAACUCUGCGCCAUGUCACCAUAUUACUGGUGUGUGUCCUCAAGGGUGUGACGCAGGGUGGAAGAUGGAUACAUGUGAUGAAGAGGACGCACCGUCGAAAGCAGAUUCCUUGAGACACGCCCCUAUUGAAGGCAUAGUUGGUGGAAGUGGUGCUGCAGUUCUGGUCCUAGUCCUGGUAAUUGUAGGAAUCUGGAUGGGGAUCCGCUCAAAGAGAAAGCGACAGAGACGCAGCAAUCAGACACAGUUGCAGGAAAGUGUCACAAUGUCGGAUGUAACUUCUCACAGUGGAGGCCCUGUGUAUGAGGCACUCUCACACACUUCGGAUUCUAAGAACGUCUAUGGCAUAAUUGAAAAUAGUGACUGUUAUCAUAAAACUGCCUCGCAUCCUGGUAUAGGAGGGACAUGCGAUACUGCAGGACCACGUCUGAUGUGCGUUGUUGGAUGCGUUUAGUGACUUGCAAUGUGCAUGCUAUGCUUCAAAAUCUACCCAUGGUAGCUGUAACAUCAAAUACUAUAUUACUGCUGAGUCGAAUUUCGAUCUCAUUCAUACUAAUUUAACAUAUUAGCUUUUGAAGAUUCAUCUGUAUUUCCUUUUUCAUAUUGCAAUAUCAGUAUUUCAGUAUUUCAUUACUGUUUUUUCUUAUUUGACAAUACAAUGGUCCUUUCGCAAAUGAGAUCUUCUUUCCUAUUACCUAUCACUGGGUUAUAAUAUGUAUGUGAGGACUCAGGUUGCAAAAGGCGUUAUAUGAACAAGGAUUCCGAGAAGAAAUCUCAAUCACAUCUUAAUCAUGUUUAUUUGAAUAUUUUAGAUGUCAACGCCCAACGCUUUUCAUCCGGGUCUGAAACAUUCCGGAAUCAAAGUAGGAAGGUUUGCGGAAACGUAACCUUUCAUCUUCUGCAUAUCCUUAGACUCGCACAUACACAACACAAUCGCCAACAAGAAGGAAAACAUAAAGGAACACUCACUCGUGAAUCAUAGUAACUCAGAGAAUAUCACGAUAAUUACCCUCAUCCUUUUGUAAUCUGCAUUGCUAGUUCAUAUUGUUUCAAUAAACAUAUACAUGAACAAUAAUUUUAUUAUUAUAUAUGUGUGUGUGUCAUAUGUGUAGUAUCAAGUGUUUCGUGUGUAUACUGUAAAUCUGGAAAUUAAUGCGUCUCCAAAUUAAUACGACUGCUGACCCCCAGCCAAACAUGCGACUCAAUAUCAAUGCGACUCCCCCCACCCCAGUGGAAUGAUACAUAUCCUUACCGUGUUUUCCUAAAUACAACACACUGUUUAUAUGUUUACUUUGUUCACUGUCAUUAAGGAAGUUCAAAGGCAAUAAAAUAAUUGAACCAACUGA